CUUUAUAUGCAGGGUAGUGAUACAGAACGCGAUGGAGUAGCCCCAGAAAAGUCCUCUCCAGAAAGAGAGAAGAAAAAGGAGCAGUCAGAUGCCUCUAGUUCUCCCAGAACAUCAAAGCAUCAUUACUCAAGAUCACGCUCACGGUCAAGGGAAAGACGACGGAAGUCAGAUGCUGAAGGAAGAAAACACAGAAGCCGGAGCAGAAGCAAAGAGGCAAGAAGACAUGAAUCCAAAGAGAAGUCCUCCAAGAAGCACAAAUCUGAAGACCACAAUGACAAAGAACAUUCUUCUGACAAGGGAAGAGAUAGCCUAAAUUCAUCUGAAAAUGGUGAGGAUAGACACAAACGCAAAGAGAGGAAGUCAUCAAGAGGGAGGAGCCAUUCAAGAUCCAGGUCUCGUGAAAGACGUCAUCGUAGUAGAAGUCGCGAUAGGAAAAAGUCCCGAUCUCGCAGCAGAGAGAGAAAACGACGAGUAAGAUCUCGUUCUAGAUCAAGAUCGAGACACAGACAUAGAAGUAGAAGUAAAAGCAGAACUAGGAGUAGAAGCAGGGAGAGAAAGAAAAGAAUUGAAAAGCCCCGAAGAUUCGGCAGGAGUCACAGCCGGAGUCCGAGUCCACCACCUUUCCGCGGAAGAAAUACGGCAAUGGAUGCACAGGAAGCAUUAGCCAGAAGACUGGAAAGAGCAAAGAAACUACAAGAACAGAGAGAGAAAGAAAUGGUUGAAAAACAGAAGCAACAGGAAAUGGCUGCAGCAGCUGCAGCCUCUGGAGGUUCUGUUAUUAAUGUUGCUGCUCUUCUGGCAUCGGGGACACAAGUGACUCCUCAGAUAGCAAUGGCAGCUCAAAUGGCAGCAUUACAAGCAAAAGCACUAGCAGAGACUGGAAUAGCUGUACCGAGCUAUUAUAACCCAGCAGCAGUGAAUCCAAUGAAAUUUGCUGAGCAGGAGAAAAAGCGGAAGAUGCUUUGGCAAGGCAAAAAGGAAGGGGAUAAAUCACAGUCUGCAGAAAUAUGGGAAAAAUUAAAUUUUGGAAACAAGGACCAAAAUGUCAAGUUCAGAAAACUGAUGGGCAUUAAGAGCGAGGAUGAAGCUGGCUGCAGCUCAGUGGAUGAAGAGAGUUACAAAACGCUGAAGCAACAGGAAGAGGUUUUCAGAAAUCUAGAUGCACAGUAUGAAAUGGCAAGAUCACAGACUCAUACACAAAGAGGAAUGGGGUUGGGUUUUACAUCUUCAAUGCGAGGAAUGGAUGCAGUUUGAAAAGGAAAAAAAUGGCGGUUUUAAAGUUUGGGACUAUGGAAGGUUCUUGUUCAAAUGUUGGGCCCUUGUUCACCAAAAAGCUAGCAUUCUAGCUUGCAUGGGUGUUGCAUUGACUUUAAUUUAUUGAAAAAUACAAUUUUUUUUGUAAAUAUCAGAUAAGUGAUACUGGUGUUAGUGUUGUAAUCAGGUUAUACCCACUUCCAUUAAACUUGACAGAGCUAUAGAAGGACAGUAUUUUUUAGUUAAAAGUUCUACUUUUCAAACCAAGCAGCAGAUGGGAGAAGCUCAUACAUGGAUAUUUGGUGUCCACUGUCUUGUGUACUUUUGUACUUUAACCUUGUACAGUUAUUUUCAAUUCUUGAAACAUGAAAGAAACAUUGUGUAGAUGUUAUUUAGCAGACUGGGCCAAUAGGCACAUAAUCCAGUGCAAAAAAACCUGGUUAAUAAUAAAGACAUUUUUUCUCUAA